AUGGCCACCCCCGAGAAUGACGACCCCGGUGUCGGCGCGCCCCCAAUAGUGCAUACUCGUGCGUAUCAACAAGAGUUGCUGGAGGAGAGUCUACACCGCAACCUCAUCAUUGCCCUUGAUACUGGCUCCGGCAAGACGCACAUCGCCGUGCUGAGGAUGAAGCUAGAAGCAGAGCGCCAUUCACGGAAGGUUUCGUGGUUCAUUGCGCCGACGGUAGCUCUUGUCGACCAACAAUACGAGGUCAUCAAGACUGCUAUUCCUGUAUCCGUGGGGCACGUCUCAGGAGCUUCUGAGCCUAACCAGUGGAAAGAUGCGUCGUUGUGGCGGAGGAUUCUCGCUACGCACCGAAUCAUGGUCACAACUCCCCAAGUGCUCCUUGACGCGUUGCAUCAUGCAUAUGUUGAUUUGGGCACUGAUAUCGGUCUCAUGGUCUUCGACGAAGCGCAUCAUGCUACCGGGAAACACCCCUACAGCAUGAUCAUGAAGAACUUCUACAUGAAUCUCCCGUCACGCACCAACCUCACUGGACCGACGGACCGCGUACGUCCCGCUGUGCUCGGCUUGACUGCAAGUCCAAUUUACGGCGGCAACGUCGAUGUAGCCUUCAGGGACUUGGAGAAGAACCUGGAUAGCACCAUUCGUUCCGCCCGCAAGCACCGUGAUAAUUUGGCGGAGCAUGUGUAUCGGCCCGAGUUCAAGCACGUCCUUUACGCCUCUCCCAUUCAUGUUUGGGAUGGCCUUCCAUCUGCCAACUAUCAGUCGCUGCAAACCGUCAUCGACGCGCUGGACAUCGAGAAUGACCCGUACGUGAAGUCUCUACGCUCAAGGCUGGCGAAGCUGCGUCCCACGGACGACCGUCACCGACUGGACCAGCAGCUGUCCAAGGCGAUCGACAAGGAAGACACAUUCACUCACAAGGGCCUCCGGGACUUCGCCCGUGCUGCGGCAGAGAUCUGCGUGGAGCUUGGGCCAUGGGCUGCAGACUGGUAUGUGGCCAAGGUGAUCGAACGCGCUAAGGUAGCUGCGAACCCCUACAACAAUAUCAUGUCCGCCUGGCAAGAGAAGGAGAAGCGUUAUCUGCUCAGCAUCAUCUCAAAAGUGAACGUCACAACGCCUCCUUCCGAUGUCGACAAGAUCGUCAGCGGAGUCUCCCCAAAGGUCCGCGCCCUCGUAGACUCUCUGGUCGUCGAGGAGGGGCUCUUCCGCUCCAGGGACGAGGACUACAGUGGUCUCAUCUUUGUCACCCGUCGGGACACCGUUCUUGCUCUUGCCGAACUCCUCCAGCGCAUCCCCGAGACGGCUCAGCUGUUCCGCAUUGGCUGUCUUCUUGGCUCGUCUUCUAGUUUCAAGCGGCACUCAUUCCUCGACAUCACUCGCAACAUCUUGGAUGAGAGCCAGGCCGACACGCUGCGCGACUUCAAGAUCGGCGACAAGAACCUCAUCGUCUCGACGUCGGUCGCUGAGGAGGGUAUCGACAUCCAGGCGUGCGGAAGCGUUAUUCGCUUCGACCCGCCUCCGAACAUCGUAGCGUGGGCGCAGAGUAGAGGCCGAGCGCGGCGAAAGCGGAGCAGCUUCAUCAUCAUGUUCGAGGAGACCGGACCACAGAAGGUCAAGGAAUGGGAGGCGACUGAAAGGCAGAUGAUGUUGGCGUACAACGACCCCCGGCGGGAUGCGAUUGUUCCCGUGGACGAGGACGACGCGUUUGACGACAUGGAUGGCUAUGUCGAGUUCGAGGUUGCUUCGACAGGCGCUCUUCUUACGCUGCAUUCUGCCAUACCGCAUCUGAACCACUUCUGUGCAGUGAUUCCUAGCGGCGGCCAUGAGAGCCAUGUUCCGAUCUACGAGCUGGACCCUCCUGACUACGUCGAGGGAUGGCAUUCUCUCCCCAACCCCUCUAGGAUGCCAUACCAAGGGCCUUGGGGCGCGACCGUCUCGCUUCCACGUGCCCUUCCUAAGCACCUGCGCAAGUUCAGCACUCCGCAAAUACACGGCUCGAAGCGCAGGGCUCAGCAACACGUCGCGUAUCAGGCAUACCUGGAGCUGUACCACGCCGGAUUACUCGAUAACCACCUACUGCCCCUGAGCACUGCUAUCGAGCCGGACAAGAAGGAGGAAGUCGAGGCCAUGCUCGCGGAGGUCGCUAAACGGGCGGGAACCGCACGCGUCGCUAUCCAGAUGGAUCCCUGGUCCGUAUAUGAGGAUGUUUCGGAAUGGUUCGCCCACGAAGUGACCGUCGAGGGCCUGCCCGGCCUGCGUAUGCUGACGCGCCGACCACUUCCCGCGUUCAAUCAGGAGGACUUUCCGACGCUGUAUAUCCCGAAGCUUGGCGAGGCCACGGUCUUCAUCUCGUCCGCGAAGGCGGCACCUGUACACGAAGAGGAAAUCCAGCGUGCUAGGCAAUACACUUAUAGGCUCUUCAACAUGCUCUACGGCUCCCGCAUGGAUCGCGACAUGAUGGACUUCGCCUACCUCUUUCUCCCCGCAACAUCGUGGCCUGACGAGGGCACAUGGGAGGAGCGCCGGCGAUGGCAGACAGAACGAUACUCGAAGGGGCUUACUGCGCAGGGUGAGAGCCCUUUUGUCGCAAAUGCGGCUGCAUUCGGGGAGCGCUUCUCGUAUCCGAAAGACUUGGCCAUCGUGCGAGGCAUGAACAAGUUCGACAAGCACCUACAACUUCUCAGAUGGCGGAACGAGCCGCUGUCGGCCGAGGAAGAAGAGUCGUUCCGCGAGCAAUACGCCAUGUAUCCGGACCUCCAGAUAUCCUAUCCGCUAAUGGUCGUCCAGUCGCUUCCCAGACGCAGGAACUUCCUGAUCCCGCUCACGCUUGAGAACGCCGAUCGCAGGAUACAACCACCGCCAGAUGAUUCGCUCUUCCUGCUCCACCCUCAAUAUGCUCUGGUCGAGCUGGCUUCGCGCGAUGAAGUGCAGUAUGCCCUAAUGCUGCCGUCUAUCCUGCGUUGGCUCGCGAAUGCACUCACCGUGGACGCUCUACGGACCAACCUGUUCCGCACGACGUCCGUGGCUGGUGUCCCUUUGCCCCUCCUCUUGACGGCGAUCACCGCUCCGAUCGCGCAGGAGCUAUCCCACUACCAGCGACUCGAGACGCUGGGCGACACCGUGCUGAAGUUUACUAGCAGCAACCAGCUAUACGCCGAGUUCCCGCUCUGGCACGAAGGUUACCUGAGCCGGAAGAAGGAUCAUGCUGUCGCGAACUCGAGCCUGGCAAAGGAAGCUGUCAAGAAGGGCUUGUACCAGUGGAUCAUCCGUGACCGGUUCGUCCCGAGAAAGUGGAAGCCGCACUGUGCCUCAUCUACCCAGGGUCCGCUUGACGAACUCGUCGAGGAGAAGGAGGAAGUCAAGGAGGUGGACGCCAAAGUCGGAAAGGACGGCAAACCGAAGAAAAAGAAAGCCGAGGAGCUGUCUACCAAAAUGCUCGCAGACGUCGUCGAGUCCCUCAUCGGCGCGGCCUACGAACACGGCGGGUUCGACCUCGCCAUCGACUGCGUAGCGCGUUUCGGCCUCGGUAUCUCGUGGAAGAAGUUGUCGGAACGGAUCAAGGAGAUGCACGAAGUCGAGGAUCUGGUCGACUUGCCUGACCAGCUCGCCCUCGUCGAGCAAAUGCUCAACUACCAGUUCAAGCGGCGCACGUUCCUCGUCCAGGCGCUGACGCACGCGAGCUACCAGGGCGACUCGGCGGUCAUGUCGCUCGAGCGGCUCGAGUUCCUCGGCGACUCCGCACUUGACAUGGUCGUCACCGACUACCUCUACCACGCCGAGGGGAAGAACUACUCCCCCGGGUACAUGCACAUCAAGAAGGAGGCCGCCGUGAACUCGCACAUCCUCGCAUACGUCUGCCUCAGCACGUCCGUAACCGUCGAGUCCGUCAUGCCGACGUGGACGCUCGGGGGCGGGCUCGCGACCACGGAUGACUCGCAGAAGGUGCACCUCUGGCAGUGCCUGCUGCACUCGAGCCACCGCGUGCUCGAGGACCAGAACCUGACGUUCGCGCGCUUCGAGAAGCACGGGCCCGCGAUCGCGCAGGCCCUCCGCGAGGACCGCAUCUACCCGUGGGCGGCGCUGACGAGUCUGCAGGCGCCGAAGUUCAUCAGCGACAUGGUGGAGAGCAUCCUCGGCGCGGUGUACGUCGACUCGAUGGGCAGCCUGGAUGCGGUGCGGGGGGUGAUGCGGAGCCUUGGGCUGAUGCAGGUCAUCGAGCGCGUGGUGAUCGAGGACGUAGACGUGCUGCACCCUGUGUCACGCCUCGCGAUCUGGGCGGCGAAGCAGGACCCACAGAAGAAGGUCGAGUACAAGAUUGAGAGGGAGAAGGGCCAGGUCAAGUGCGCGGUGCUGAUGGACGAGGAGGAGCUCCUCCACGUCACUGCGUCGUAUCGCAGUCGGGUCAGCGAAGACGAGGUCAGGUUCACUGCCGCGGAGCGGGCGAUCAAGAAGCUCCAGGUCAUGGGCGUGGAGGUCGACAUCGAGGAGCCGAUCCCAGCUGACGAUGAGGAGGUGCCUGAGAAGGACUAG